UAGUCUGCAAAUUGCAACGAACUUGGCGGGGUAGGGAGGCCGCGGGAAAUGGAGGAGACCGCCGCGAAGCCCAGAAGAAGCGGCGGCGGCGGCCGCCAGUGUUGCAUCUGCCACGAGAGGAGACCCGCUCUGAAACGACCUAAAACCCUAGAGCAGGGAGUGUUUCUAUGCGGUGUUCGAGGAGGAGAUCCAUCAAGUAAUUGUUGAGAACCAGUUGUUCAAGCCCGGGGAGCGCAUCGGCAUCGGUGCUUCCGGUGGUAAAGUGAAAUAGAGGUUCCAAAUUUCCUGCAGAUUCGACUGUCCUUGCCUAUGUGUUGUCGGAGUUGAAUAAGCGGCACAAUUAUGGUUUGGAUCUCUUCCUCUUGUCUGUUGAUGAAGGAAUUACAGGAUACCGGGAUGAUUCACUUGAAACUGUCAAAAGAAAUGAAGUUCAGUAUGGAUUGCCUCUCAAAAUUGUUUCAUACAAGGAUCUCUAUGGAUGGACAAUGGAUGAAAUAGUGAAGAUGAUUGGACUAAAGAAUAAUUGCACAUUUUGUGGUGUCUUCCGCCGGCAGGCCCUUGACCGAGGUGCUGCACUACUGAAAGUAGACAAGCUGGCCACUGGACAUAAUGCUGAUGAUAUUGCUGAAACGGUUCUUUUGAACAUAUUACGAGGUGAUAUUGCUAGAUUGAGCAGAUGCACUUCCAUAACAACAGGUGAGGAUGGACCAAUACCUAGAUGCAAGCCUUUCAAGUACUCCUACGAGAAGGAGAUUGUUAUGUAUGCAUAUUUUAAGAAGCUGGAUUACUUCUCUACUGAAUGCAUCUAUUCUCCUAAUGCAUAUCGUGGUUUUGCUCGUGAGUUCAUCAAGGAUCUGGAAAGAAUCAGACCUAGAGCCAUACUCGACAUCAUCAAGUCGGGGGAGGAUUUUAGGAUAGCCACGUCAACAAAAAUGCCGGAGCAGGGAACCUGCGAACGCUGUGGCUACAUUUCAAGCCAGAAAUGGUGCAAGGCCUGUGUUUUGCUGGAGGGGCUGAACAGGGGAAUGCCAAAACUGGGGAUAGGGAGGAGCCGAGGAUUGAAUAGCAACCAGAUGAAGACCGACAAACCCACUAGCAGAACGAAGAGUAUCGAGAGUAAGCAGUGUGGUAGUUUAGACUUUUAAUUUUGGUUUUGAAAUAUCUGAUGUACACUCUUGGGGCAUUUACUAUGUUCAUGCCAAACACUUUCUUUUGUGACGGAAGGAACUCGAUCACCGAGAAGGAAGAUUUUGGAGAUAUGGUAGUUUAGACUUUUAAAUUUGAUUUUGAAAUAUCCGAAUUACAGAUUAACAAUAUCUUCUCUUUGCAUGACUUGUGAAGUUAGUCUGCAGUAGUAGCCUUAGCUCUGCAAUUCUCCAGUUUGUAUACAUACAAAUUUCGCUAUCUGCGGAAA